ACUGGCCAGUCUGCAACUAAUCACCAAGCCAACAAUGAGCAACAUAAAUUCAACUGCUAGUAGCAUUCGUCCUUUGCCCGCUGGACUCCAGCAAGUGGCCAUCGAUGAGCUGAACGAGGUGCCAUCUCAAGUCUCCGAGGACAUCGCUACUGUCCGAGAUUGGCUGCAGAAGCAGCCCCAUCUUUGCUCGUGCCUCACGGAUCAGUUCCUCUUGGCUUUUCUGCGCGGCAGUAAAUUCAGCCUGGAGAAGGCCAAGCACAAAAUUGAUCGUUAUUACACACUCCAGGCAGCAAUUCCCGAGGUCUUCAAUGAGCAUCGAUUGGCUGAUGAUCCGCAAGUGCUAGAGAUUAUUCGCAUGGGCGUUAUUCUGCGCAUUCCUUUGGACGAAGGCGACACUGGUCCAGCGGUGACCAUAAUCAGAGCUGGCUCCUACGAUACGGCCAAGUACAAGUUCCAGGACAUCAUACGUGUGGGCUCCAUGUUCGGUGAGAUCAUGAUGCUGGAGGACGACAAUGCGAAUGUCAGCGGUUACAUUGAGAUCAUGGACAUGACUGGCGUAUCGGCUGCAAAUCUGUUUGCGUUGCAGCCGCAGUUGCUGAGUAAGUUCUCGGCGUAUGCGGACGAGGCGAUGCCCACUCGCCAGAAGGGUAUACACUUUAUCAAUGUGCCACCAUCGUUCGAGAGCGGUUUCAAUUCACUGCGCUCCUUCUUCCCAGAUAAGAUCAAGAAUCGCGUCUCUGUUAGCUCCGAUCCGGAGGCGAUCUUCGAGCGUGUGCGUCGUGAAUACUUGCCACAGGAAUACGGCGGCACCAAAGGCACAAUGCAGGACAUUCUUGAACAGAUGGAGGCCAAGAUGCUGAGCUAUCGUGAUUACUUUGAGCAGUCGCGUCACUUUGGAGCCAACGAAAAGCUCAGAGAAGAUGUCAGUCAAAACGAAAAGUAUCCGAGUUACUUUGGCCUAGAUGGAUCAUUCCGCAAGCUAGAUAUCGACUGGAUCGACGGCAAACAAAGCCAGUUAGUUCUUUACCGUCCUCCAGACCUUGUCAACAUGCCAGACAUUCGCCCACUUAGACCGGAAUUGCAGAAGAUUGCCAUCGAGCAGCUGUUCGAGAAGCCCGAGAGGAUCGACGAUGACAUUGCUGCACUGCGCUUGUGGAUCAAACAGCAACCACAUCUAAAAGCACGCACCGAUGAUCAGUUUUUGGUGAACUUCUUGCGUGGCUGCAAAUACAGUCUAGAGAAGACCAAGUCCAAGAUGGAUCGGUUUUACACACUGCGCACCAAGUACCCAGAAUACUUUAUUGGCCACAAUGUUGAUGUAGAUAAGCUACUUAAAUUGUUUCGCACUGGCACCGUUGUAUUCCUGCCACGCCCACUGCAUGACAAUGGACCACGCAUUGCCAUCAUUCGCAUGGGCGCCUACAAUCCGGAUCAAUACAACUUCGUCGACAUCAAUCUAGCUGGCGGCUUGAUGCAUCAGAUUGUGCUCAAUGAGGACGAUGAUGCCAUUGUGCAUGGCACCAUCAAUAUCUUGGAUCUGGCGAAUGUGAAAAUGGGACACUUUGUGCAAAUGACGCCCUCCUUUGCUAAGAAGAUGACUGUCUUCCAGGAGGAAGCGUUGCCCAUGCGCACCAAGGGCACACACUUUAUCAACACACCUGGCAACUUUGACAAACUCUUCAACAUGUUCAAGCCCAUGAUGUCCAAGAAGCAACAGGAUCGCCUCUAUGUGCAUGGCCCGAAUAUUGAGAAGCUCUACGAGCAAAUCCCUCAGAAGUAUUUGCCUGUGGAAUAUGGUGGCGAAAAUGGUUCCAUCGAGGAGCUUGUCAAGGAAUGGGAGGAACGUAUUUUGGCCUAUAGAAACUAUUGGGUGGAGGAGCAGAACUAUGGCACGGAUGAGCGUCUGAGACCCGGAAAACCUGUUGACUUUGAGAGUUUGUUUGGCAUGGAGGGUUCGUUCAGACAACUGAAUGUCGAUUGAGGCUAAACUUGUGCUUCAAAUAUAACUCUUAUCUAGCAUAUAUAAGUAUCAGAUAGGCCAAUUACCCGUUUGAUUGUUAGCUUAUCGGAUUUUGAUAAUGAAAGCAUAAAGAUUGCAAGGCAUUCUAAUAAAAUCUCUCAGGUUACCCAGAGAUGACUAUAAAUCUAUUUGUUAUACUUCAACAAGAACAAAGAGGUGAUUAAAGAGUCUAAGAAAAUCAACAAUAUUUGGAUAUCAGCUCUUUAGCGACGUGAGAACAAAUGGGAGAAAUGCUGAAAAAGUAAACAAAACAAACAAAAAAAAAA